GCUAACUCCGUUCUCUUCAUUCUGCAAAAAUUCUCAACCGCCCAAAACUGCCGCCAGCCACGCCACGCCGCCUCCCAGUCUCCAACGCCGACGCUCAAUUGCCAGCCGGAGACGAUUAUUUAGUCCGGUAAAAUUAAAGGGGGGAAGGCAUAACUUAUUAAGGAAAAGGCGUAUCUAUGCGCUCGACUUCUCAGAAGCUUUCCCGGCGAGCUUGUUCUGGGCCUGAGAUACUAUGUUCAAACUGGUGUACCGGAGGUCAACUUUGUUUUGGUACUAGGAAUGAAAGGAAUUACACAAUGCAACCUUGUAGAAAUGUUCAUCCUUCUGUGAGAAAUUUUAGCUGGAAACCCGACCCAUUACAUGAGGCGAGGAGCCUUCAGCACUGGUACAAGAACUGGCAGGACAGAAGGAAAACCAAAUUGACUGCAAGCACGUUUGGUGGGGCGAUCGGAUUGUGGCGUGGGCGUAGGGUUCAGCUGUGGUUGGAAAAGAUUGGUGCAGAGGAGCCAUUUAGGGGAAACUGGGCAACAUGGUGGGGCAAUGUAAAAGAAAAGGAAGCACUUGAAAGGUACACGUUGAUUACAGGGAAUGACAUUUCCUUCCCGGCGUUUCAACUCUAUGGGGAGAGGUAUCCGGAACAUGAUUGGAUAGCCGCUUCGCCUGAUGGGUUGGUGGAGAAACCGUGUUAUGGACUGCCUUCUCGAGGUGUGCUAGAGAUAAAGUGUCCAUUUUAUGCUGAUAUGAAGGAUGCAAAGCCAUGGAAACGGAUCCCUCUUUAUUAUAUCCCACAAGCUCAGGGCUUGUUGGAGAUUAUGGACAGGGAUUGGAUGGACUUAUACAUGUGGACUCCAAGAGGGAGUAGUCUAUUCAGAGUACAUAGAGACAGAGAGUACUGGAGUGUUAUGAGGUUGGCACUUUCGGAUUUUUGGUUGAACCAUGUUUUGCCAGCUAAAGAAUUGUGCGGUGAGAAAAAUAUUAAGGAUCCUCGUGUGGAGCUGCCUUUACUCAGGCCUGCUCCUAAACACGAGUCCUGUGAUUAUAUAAUCCAAGAGAGCAUGCGGAUUGUAGAUGCUUCUCCUUUCUUGAUUCGUGAGAUUGACGGAGUACUUCAACCCACAUGGCAACCAGCUUCACCUAUGAUGAACCAGCAUGAUUUUCAAGGCUGCUGAUUGCCAGGUAAUGAGUGAAGACACUUCAUUCCGAUUUGGUUCAGGUUAUGCCGAUGAAUGCCUGCAUAUGGAAUUAAAGAGUUGAAAUGGGUGUUUCUUAGAAAUGAGUAAGUGACCUAAGAAGUCAGCCCCUUCCAGAUACUGCAGCACUCCUUAUGGGUUAAAGCUUGGACGAGAGCAAAUAACAGUGGCCCUUUUUAUCCCUACAAAGUGAAUGCGAGAAAAUGAGGAAAGCAGCAUCAGCAUUCUUGUCACUGCAAUACAAGCAAGGAUGCUGAUUCCCAAACCCUUGCCCUUUCAACACAGCCCUAGCCAGCCCCACAACUUGCUUGUUGCUCAAGGCACCUGGAUUCUCCUUCAGCACCUUCUCAACAGCAUUGCUGAAUGCCCCAUAGGCUUUCCUACCACCUUCACCCGCAGCGGUUGUAGGAUUGAUGUCUGCAGAGGUCUCAUUUGCUUGGCACCCGCUCAACAGAAUCCCAUCGUCAUCAGAUGAUCCUACUAGAAGGGGAUCGACAAACCUGAUGCUCGCGUCGGAACCAAAGAGCUCGAGGAGGUGGGUACCGAUGUCGGAUGUGUGGAUGUUCGUCAGGGAGGUGAGGUGUUGGAGGACUGCUUGGAAAGGAAUGGUCUUGGGGGAGAUGGAGAAGUUUUGUUGCAGUGAUUUUGCAGAAAGAAGUGUGGAUGUUGGUCCUAUUUGUUCUUUUUCCUUGUCGAUCAAGCCGCCACUGUGGCAUGAAUCAGAGAGGAUUGUGAAGCUUGUGCCCUUAGGUAGCUUGUUCACCAGCUGCCGGAAGUCCACAUCUGCAAAUGCCGGAAAGGUUCUUAGCUUCAAGUAAAAAUAUAAAAGUUUGUGAUAGAUUUAGCUUCCACUAGGUUACCUGUAAUGAGGUUGAAAUCACAAGGGACGAUGGCCUCGUCCUGGCUGAACACAUGGCCAGGCUUCAAGGAAGGGAUCCUGGUCCCAUGUCCACUGUAAUGGAAGAACAGAACAUCCCCUGGUUCAGCUGCCUCCACCAUCUCAUGAAGCACGCGCUUUAUGUUUGCACCAGUGGGCAUUAGAUCGGGGUUGGCUGAUGAAGACAGGUCCUGAUCAGUCAGGAUGGUUAUGUUGGUCUUUUCAAACCCGAAGCGGUGCACCAGCACUUCUCUCAUAGCAAGGACAUCGUUGAUGCAGCCAUGGAGCUCGUUCUUGGUGUUGGGGUAGUUGCAGCCUACCAUCACUGCCAUUCUCUUGCCUGUCUUCUCCAUUUCCUCCACAAAUGUACGGCAAACACAGAGUGAACCGAAAAGCAAUGAAAACAAAGGCUUCUUCUGUUUGUGGUUUUUGGUUGCUGUGGCUUGGGUGGGGAUGGAAUUCCAAUUUAUAGAUGUGGAAUGGUGGUUGAUGGUUUACUUGAUAUGGUUUAACAAUGUUAGGAAGUUGCUUGAAAGAAACUUUUAAGGUAGGUGUUGUGUUUUGAUUGGCUUUCAAGCAUUGGAAACGGCUGAAACAAUGUAUGUUCAUUUUGCUUUUCUUAUUUCCAGC